UGGCCGUACUCAGACGUGUAAUCUACGAGACAACACUCGCUAAGGCCCUCGCUCCCUGUGACGUGUUAUUCUGUCGCCGGGUCGCGGUGAUUACUCGGGUCAGCUCGGGUUUAUUUUGGAGGACAGUUAAUCAUGGCCCUGAGGGUGAUUGGACUGGUCGUCCCGUCGGGAGCAAAUGCUUUUAAAGCAGUGAACGUUGCACAGAAGGCGGGUGUUCACACCAGCUCGGUGAGGAGCCUCCGGUAUGGCUGGUUGGCCUAUGCACUGGGCGAGAGGACGACGCCCCGGUUAAAGCAGAACAGCAAAAUCAUCACCUUGGACGGCAACUUGUCCUCUGGGAAAGGAGCACUGGCCCAGAAGCUGGCUGACAGGCUGGGGAUGCUCUACAUGCCCGAGCCUGACACUUUCUACUUGGACAAGAUGACCGGCGAGAAGGAGCCGCUUCCUGUUGACUUCAACGGGAUGUGCAGCCUGGAGAAGUUCUACACAGACCCCAAAGCUGCCGACGGAAACAGCUACCGACUGCAGAUGUGGAUGUACACGAUGAGGCUGCUUCAGUACGCCGACGCCCUCGAACACCUGCUCACCACAGGCCAGGGAGUAAUCCUGGAGCGUUCUCCCUUCAGUGACCUGGUCUUCCUGGAGGCCAUGUUCAAAGAGGGAUACAUCAGGAAGGAGUGUGUGCAGCACUACAACGAGAUCAAGGGCAUUAGCAUCUGUGAGUUCCUGCCUCCACACCUCGUCAUCUAUGUGGACCUGCCAGCCGAGGACGUGCAGAAGAAACUGAAACAGAGCGGCAAGUCCUAUCUUCAGAAUGUGCCUCUGACGUACCUGAAGAGCAUUGAGGAUAGCUACAAGAAGUCUUUCCUGCCCAAAAUCAGUGAAACAUCAGAAGUGCUUGCUUAUAAUGCAACCCAAGCCCAAGACGUUGAAAGGGUGGCAGAGGACAUCGACUAUUUGAAGUUUGAAAAGGGGCCGUGGCUGGAGCAGGAUGAUGUCACAUACCACCACAUGAGGAUGCUUGUGGAAGACAAGCAGAGGGUGGCAACCCUGACCCACAUACCAAAGUUUCUGCCAGAAAUAACCAUCGGGGCCCACGACUAUGAUGAAAAAUACUAUGCCUUUAAAUCGCUCCCCGGGAAGAAGUAUGCACCGGGCUAUAAUGCAGAUGUCGGAGACAAAUACAUCUGGCUGAAGUGAACGAGUCCACAGGCCUGUCACUAAUUCAACCCUCGUCAUUGGCGGACCAGCUCCCCGAGUGAACGCUGGACCUCCAUUGUUGAACCAGUGGUCUCCUGUUGUACAUCCUAAAUAGUGUGUAUGUAUUAAAAUAAUAAAUUUUUGAAUCUACAAA